UUUUGUCAUACCAGGACAAGCUUAGGAUCACGAUGAUCAUAUUCAUUUUAUCAAGUGCUUAUAAACAGGGGGGCUCUUGUUUAGCCACGUACUAAAACCAGUCCUUGCCCAUAUCCCCCCGGCCGUCUCCAUCCUCUCUCAAAAGCAUUCUCAAUUCCAUUAUCCACACCAGCAUAAGUUCUUUCCAGAAUCUCAUCUUGUUCUUUAUAUUCGAGAAUGGGUUUUUGUCAUAGCUGCUGGUUGGCAUGUUUAUCUAUUCUCCUGGCUUUAAGCGGAGAAUACCCACUAGUUCUGGUUGAUUCGGCCAGUGAUCACAAGAAGCUCGAAGAGGGACCUGUAAUCAAUAUAACCAAGCAUCUUUCUUUCCCAGAUUUCUUCCUCAACAACAACCCCAGAAUUGUCCAUGAUGUCAGACUCCUCGGUAGUGCCAAGUUCUCAAAUGAAAAGGGUGUCCUCCAAAUCCCUGGGGAAUCCCUAGCAGUUGAUCUCAGACAUCAAGCUGGCCGAGCCCUCUACUCCUCUCCCAUCCGCCUUCUUGACCCUAACACCAAAACUCCGGCUUCCUUUGAAACCACCUUUGCUUUUCAACUAAAUAAUGCGACCAACCUUGGUUCUGAUACUGGCCUGGGUGGUAGUGGCCUUGCCUUCAUCAUUGUCCCCGACGAGUUCACUGUCGGACGGUCUGGGCCGUGGCUUGCCAUGCUUAAUGAUGCUUGUGAGGAAAACUAUAAAGCAGUGGCUGUGGAGUUUGACACACAUCGAAGCCCCGGAUUUGGAGACCCUAAUGAUAACCAUGUGGGAAUCAACUUAGGUAGCAUCAUCUCCAGCAGAACAUUCAAUGCUUCCGAUGUCGAUGUUGUCCUUAACGAUGGCUUGGUUCACCGAGCUUGGAUCUCCUACGAUGGUACACGCCGUUGGCUGGACAUCCGUUUAGGAUCCGCAAAGGAAGAUGAUCCAUUAAAACCUAUCUUCUCUGAGCCACUUGAUCUCUCACCAUUUCUGAAAGAAUACAUGUUUGUAGGCUUUUCAGCUUCGACAGGCAAUUUGACUCAAAUCCACAGCGUGUUGUCAUGGAACUUCACGUCCCAAAGCAAAGCUUUUCUUCGUAUCCCUUCGACGGAAACAUGUGAGAGUAAGAUCCUCGUGGAUAACGAAACUACCAAGAGUGCUCGAACCGAACCACCCGGCAGCUUCUUGAUUUUCUUGGCUGUGGUGGCGUUAGUUCUGGCGGUUCUGCUCAGUCUGUUCCUGAACAGUAAGCGCAGACGUGAUAAAUCGAGCAAUGUUGUCAUAUUGCCGGAGAUAAAGCAACGGCCGACGCCUCCAAAUAAACCUCGCCGCUUCACUCUUUCUGAGAUUUCCACUGCAACUCGGUGUUUUAGCGAGUUGGAAGUACUCGGUAGCGAUGCAAGAGGAAUUUACUAUAGAGGAAAGCUUUCCAAUGGCUGCCAAGUAGCCGUGAAACGGUGCUCAGCCCAGUUUCUUAACUCUCAGGGGUUAGAUAGGAGACGAUUCUUGAAGGAAAUCGGUACUAUUAGCAGACUUCGUCACCCAAAUUUGUUGCCCAUCAGAGGCUGGUGUCAAGAUAAUCGCGAAAUCAUGGUUGUGUAUGACUUCUUCAUCAAUGGAAGCCUCGACAAAUGGUUGUUUGGGGCCGGCGUUCUUCCAUGGACACGGCGAUUCAAGGUUGUGAAAGAUGUGGCAGAAGCCCUUAGUUUCUUACACUCCAAGCAACUAGCCCACAAGAACAUGAAAACCAGUAGUGUCUUUCUUGAUGUCAGUUUCCGAGCAGUCUUGGGAGAUUUUGGCUUCGUGCUCUCUGGUAAUGAUUCAAGACAGUUCGAGGCAGCAGUGAGCCAAAAGAUCGACGUGUUUGAAUUUGGUAUCUUUGUUCUGGAAGUGAUUGCUGGGAGGAGCCGGUUGGACUCUGAGGUGGAGCAGAAAGAGAGGGACUUGUUGGAUUUUGCAUGGAGAAUGCAUGAGAUGGAUGAGAAAGUUAAGGUGGUGGAUGGAAGAAUGGGCUCAGUGGUAAACUUGAAGCAGGCAAUAAGGGUUUUGGAAAUUGGGUUGCUUUGCACCCUGAAUGAGAGCAGAGGCAGGCCAUCCAUGGAGGAAGUGGUGGAGUUUCUGAGCAUGGAGGUACCUUUGCCUGAGCUGCCACCAUCUAGACCUGUUGCUUUGUUUCCCUACAACAGCACCACAGGUCUUUGCAGUGGGUAUUCUUGUGCUCCUUUCAAGUGAUUCAGGGCUUACUAGAACCCCUCUUAAUGUUAUCCUAGAUGGUGCAGUAGCAUCACAUUAGAAUCACUAAAUGUAUGAAAGCCCUUUUUUAUAACUUGGCUAUGAAGUUGGAUUAUUGGGUAGAUGCAUGGUAGCUUGGUUGGAAAUAAAUUUAGGUUAAUAUUUUGAUUCAAGCAAAUGCAGGAUUUUGCAUUA